AUGGAUUCAAGAAGACCUUCCUUAUGCCUCAUUCUGCCUGCAAUAAUCUUUCUCGUCCUCAUUUGCAUGGCUUUCCAGCUUGCCAAACUUCGGCCUAUCGAUCUUACAAUGGAAGCUCAAUUUGAACAGUGGAUCAUUCAGCAGAAACGCGUCUACGAGAACGCCACCGAGAAGGCGCGCCGGUUUAGUAUCUUCAAGGCCAACGUUGAGUACAUUGACUCAUUUAACGCCAAAGGAGACCGUACAGUCAGGCUUGGAGCCAACCAGUUCGCCGAUCGUACCGAUGAAGAGUACACUUCUAGACUAACUUCCAACGUUGAACCCCCGCUUAAGAGAAACAAUGAAUCGUUUCGUUAUGCCAACGUGACGGACGUCCCAUAUAGAAUCGACUGGAGGAAGUUAGGUGCUGUCACUCCCAUCAAAGAUCAAAAGAGAUGUGGUACAUCAAAGAUCAAGUAG